AGUUGGCGAUCUCUGAAGAGCGGCAGACAUUCCGGUCCCGCUUCAUGAGUGUCAGCAAAGGCAGACGACAACGAAAAUCGCAAACCAAGUUCAGCCAUGAUGGGAAACCAUUGGUGGAUGAUUUCUAUCAUACACCUACAAAGUUGUCACUGUGCCAAGUUGGAAACUGGAAUUUCAACAUCUUCAGCUUAGAAUGUCUCUCAGGUGGUCGAUCUCUCUUCCAUGUUGCUUACCAUUUAUUCCAAACCUACGAUCUCAUCAGGGGCUUCCAUCUUGACUCAGUUGGACUUGUGCAAUUUUUUACCCUAAUUGAACAGAAUUAUCAUAGUACAAACCCAUACCACAACUCUGUCCAUGCUGCUGAUGUCACUCAAUCUAUGCAUUGCUAUCUGCAGGAAAGAGAG